GAAGAGGUCGGGAGUAGGCGUCGACUUGUUCAGAGAUAAAAAGGCAGCAGCAGCAGAUUCCGACAGACAGAGAAGAGGACUAACAUCUGUUUCCUGCAUUUAUCAGUAAACAACAAUGGCAAAGGAAAAGAUCCACAUCAACAUCGUGGUCAUCGGCCAUGUUGACUCCGGAAAGUCCACCACCACCGGGCACUUGAUCUACAAGUGCGGAGGAAUCGACAAGAGGACCAUCGAGAAGUUCGAGAAGGAAGCUGCCGAGAUGGGCAAAGGCUCCUUCAAGUACGCCUGGGUGCUGGACAAACUGAAGGCCGAGCGUGAGCGUGGUAUCACCAUCGACAUCGCUCUGUGGAAGUUUGAGACYRMMAAGUAYYRYGUGACCAUCAUUGACGCUCCUGGACACAGGGACUUCAUCAAGAACAUGAUCACUGGAACCUCUCAGGCCGACUGUGCCGUGCUGAUUGUUGCUGCUGGUGUUGGUGAGUUCGAGGCUGGAAUCUCCAAGAACGGCCAGACCCGUGAGCACGCCCUGCUGGCUUACACCCUCGGUGUGAAGCAGCUCAUCGUUGGUGUCAACAAGAUGGACUCCACUGAGCCCCCUUACAGUGAGAAGCGUUUUGAAGAGGUCAAGAAAGAAGUUGGCAAUUUCCUCAAGAAAACCGGCUACAAUCCGAAAUCUAUUGCCUUCGUCCCCAUCUCUGGUUGGCACGGAGACAACAUGAUUGAAACCAGUGAAAAGUUUCAGGUCAUCAUCCUGAACCACCCCGGCCAGAUCAGCGAUGGUUACAGCCCAGUGCUGGAUUGCCACACAGCUCACAUCGCCUGCAAAUUCAAGGAACUUGUGGAGAAGAUCGACCGUCGGUCUGGUAAGAAGCUCGAAGAUACCCCCAAGUYUGUGAAGUCUGGAGAUGCUGCCAUUGUCCUCAUGGUGCCUUCAAAACCCAUGGUUGUUGAGGCCUUCAGCGAUUAUGCCCCACUGGGUCGCUUUGCUGUGCGAGACAUGAAGCAAACCGUGGCCGUCGGUGUCAUCAAGUCCGUCGAGAAGAAGGUCCCCACCUCUGCAAAGAUCACCAAGUCUGCACAGAAGGCUAAAUGAUAGAAUGAUUUCUUAUUAUGAUUCAAACAAUAAAAAAUCUUCAACAUUCCAGAUGAAAA